UUUUGAAUACCAUUUUCUAAGGCUUUCGGUUUACUUCUUUUCAAUACAAGAAGACAAUGGCUCCUCAUUUACUCCACGGAACCAUUCAUGCCACUAUUUUUGAGGUCGAUAGGUUACAUAGCGGAUGGGAUUUCAACGCUUGUUUCAAGCCAACAAGUCAAGGAAGAGGGAAAAAGUUCUUAUCUCAAGUGAAGAGAAUGAUACUUUGUAGCCCCGAGGUUGUCGGCUCGAAAAUCUACGCAACGGUCGACUUGGAAAAGGCAAGAGUUGCAAGAACAAGAAUGAUCGAGACCGAAACAACCAACCCUCGUUGGUACGAGUCAUUUCACAUAUAUUGUGCGCAUAAUGUUUCAAACAUUAUAUUCACCGUCAAAGACGACAACCCGGUGGGUGCAAUUCUUAUCGGCCGAGCUUACCUCCCGGUCGAGGAGGUCCUCAACGAGAACGAUGUCGACCGGUGGCUCGAAAUACUAGACGAAGAUCAUAAACCAAUUCAAGGACGAUCAAGAAUUCACGUGACACUAAAAUAUGUUAGUGUGGAAAGAGAUAGCCAUUGGUCACAAGGGAUUAAAAGUCCAACAUUUGGUGGGAUCCCAUACACCUUUUUUAGGCAAAGAGAAGGUUGUGAAGUAACGUUGUACCCCGAUGCACAUAUUUUCGAUGACAAAAUAACUACGUACUUGGUCUCCGCAGGGUAUUACUGGCCCCAAAGAUGUUGGGAGGAUAUAUUCGACGCGAUUAGUAACGCGCAACAUUUAAUUUAUAUAACCGGGUGGUCAGUUUACACGAAGAUAGUGUUAAUUCGCGACCCGAGAAGGCCAAAGCCGGGAGGAAACUUGACGUUGGGUGAGUUAUUGAAACGGAAAGCUGAAGAUGGCGUGAACGUGUUAAUGCUUGUUUGGGACGAUAGAACUUCGGUCGAGGCGCUAAAGAAGGACGGGUUGAUGGCUACACAUGAUCAAGAAACCGGGGAUUAUUUUCGUGGGACGAAAGUUCAUUGUGUGUUAUGCCCUCGUGAUCCCGACGAUAAAGAGAGUUAUGUUCAAGGGGUUCAAGUUGCUACAAUGUUUACUCAUCAUCAGAAAACGAUCGUGGUAGAUAGCGACAACCCGGGAGAUCAGUCCGGAUUGAGGCGGAUUGUCGGGUUUGUUGGCGGUAUUGAUCUUUGUGACGGUCGGUAUGACACGCGUGACCAUUCUUUGUUUCGGACUUUAAAAGACGUUCACCAUGAUGACUUUCAUCAACCUAACUUCACCGGGGCCGCAAUCUCAAAAGGCGGGCCGAGAGAGCCUUGGCACGACAUACAUUGUCGACUCGACGGCCCGAUCGCGUGGGAUGUUUUGUAUAAUUUCGAGCAAAGGUGGACUAAACAAGUGGGUAGCCAGUUUCUUUUCACGUUGCCCGAGCUUGACAAAUUCAUAACUCACCCCGCCCCACAUGCUACGUCGAACGACAACACAUGGAAUGUCCAACUGUUUCGGUCAAUCGAUGGGGGCGCAGUGUCGGGCUUUCCCGAAAAGCCGGAAGAAGCACUUAUGUCCGGCCUCGUUACUGGAAAAAACAACGUGAUUGAUCGUAGCAUUCAAGAUGCGUAUAUUAACGCCAUACGCCGCGCAAAAAACUUCAUCUACAUAGAAAACCAAUACUUUGUAGGGAGCUCGUACGAUUGGAAAACAUCCAACGAAUUCAAAAUAGAGGAUAUUGCGGCUUUAAAUCUCAUACCAAAAGAACUUUCACUCAAAAUUGUGAGUAAGAUCAUGGCGAAUGAAAGGUUCGCCGUAUACAUAGUCAUCCCAAUGUGGCCUGAAGGGAUCCCAGAAAGUGGAUCCGUGCAAGCCAUUUUGGAUUGGCAAAGGCGAACAAUGGAAAUGAUGUAUAAAGACGUUGCUUCCGCGAUUCGUGCCAAAGGGCUUGAAGCAGACCCUAGAGACUACUUGUCAUUCUUUUGCCUUGGCAACCGCGAAGUCAAAAAACCCGGUGAAUAUGAGCCACCGGAGAAACCCGAACCGGAUUCGGAUUAUAGUAGAGCACAGGAAUCACGACGCUUCAUGAUUUAUGUCCACGCGAAAAUGAUGAUCGUUGAUGACGAGUACAUAAUUAUCGGGUCAGCUAACAUCAAUCAAAGAUCAAUGGACGGGGCGAGGGACACUGAGAUCGCGAUUGGUGGCUACCAACCAAACCACAUUGUAGAUCAAUGGCCGGCUCGAGGUGUAAUUUAUGGGCUCCGGGUAGCGUUGUGGUUAGAGCAUCUUGAUGAGAUAAAUGAGUUUUAUUUGCAUCCAGAGAGCCUAGACAGCAUUCGGAAGGUAAAUGCCAUUGCGGAUAGGAACUGGAAUUUGUAUACGAACCCCACAUUCGAUGAAGAUCUUCCUGGUCAUUUGCUACGCUAUCCGGUGGCUAUCUCGGAUGUUGGAGACGUUACGGCUUUGCCGGGAUUUGAGUUCUUCCCGGACACCAAAGCACGUGUUCUUGGGACAAGAUCCGUGCAUCUUCCUCCUAUUCUCACCACUUGAAAUCACUAAUUGUAAUUGAUUAUUUGGAAAUUAUUUGAUCUAACGUAUCAUUUAUCAUUUAUAAUAUAUAUAGUUUGAUUUACAGUUCAAAAAAAAAGUAUCAUUUUAUAAAAUAAAAGUUCUAGAUAUAUUAUGAUCAUCGUGUCCAUUUACGUUUAUCGUU